AUGGAGUUCUCCAAGCUCGAGAACGGCCUGAAGAUUGCAUCCGUCGACAAGCAGGGCAUGAAGGCAACUCUGGGGCUGUACGUGAACGCGGGGAGCCGCUUCGAGACGUCGGCCAACUUCGGCGUGUCGCACAUGGUGUCGCUCAUGGGCUUCACCUCCACCGCCCACCUGAGUCACUUGCGCACUGUGAAGACCCUCGAGCAGUUGGGUGCGUCGGCCACCUCCGAGUGCGUCGCUGGGCGCGAGGAGAUCGUGUAUAAGGUCGAGCUUAUGCGCGAGUACAUGCCCUACGCCGUCCCGCUGAUGAUUGGGAACGUGCUGUUCCCGCGCCUGCUGCCUUGGGAGGUGAAGGCGGCGAAGGCGAUGUACACUGGGGGCGACCUGCGCAUGGAGGGCUCGUCGCCGUACUGCCACCUGGCCAUCGCCCUUGAGUCCGUGCCGUGGGGCCAACAGGAAGCAUCCGCCCUCCGUGCCGCAGAGGCACUGCUCGGCAGCGCCAGCGCCGUGACUGGCAGCAUCGGCUCCGGACGCACCUCGCGGCUCGCCACGGAGAUCGUGAAGCAGAGCCCCUACGUGGAGUCCUGCGCAGCGUUCAACACCUCUUACUCGGACAGCGGGCUGUUCGGCAUUUACGGCGUGUGCCAGCCCGACAAGGCGGGCACGAUGGCGUCCGCCAUGCUGAAGUCGCUCACAGGCCUCACUUCCGUGUCCAAGCCGGAGCUCGACAAGGCGAAGGCCAUGUUGAAAGGCAAGAUCUUCCGGCAGACCGACGACGGCAGCACUCUCACGCAGGAUCUCGGGCAGCAGCUCACCCUCUCCGGCAGGUACGGGUCCCCGGCCGACUUCGCCAAGGCCAUCGACGCCGUCUCCGAGGCCCAGGUGACCGCUGCCGCGAAGAAGCUCCUGUCAUCGAAGCCUACUGUGGCGGCAUUCGGCGACACGCACACGGUCCCCCACUACUCGGCAGUGGAGGCGGCGCUGAAGGCGUAG